CUUAGAAUUAUCAUCCACAUUCAUCUUUAUUUCCAAAUUUCCCAAUUUGAAACCCUAAUAUUUUUUCAACCAAAUUCCAAAUCACAUCAAUGGCGCCAAAGGGAGAGAAGAAGCCAGCAGAGAAGAAACCCGCAGAGGAGAAGAAGACGACAGUAGCAGAAAAAGCUCCGGCGGAGAAGAAACCAAAGGCCGGAAAGAAGCUUCCUAAAGAAGUUGGCUCUGCCGCCACCGGAGACAAGAAGAAGAAGAGAAACAAGAAGAGCGUUGAAACAUACAAGAUCUACAUCUUCAAAGUUUUGAAACAAGUUCACCCUGACAUCGGUAUCUCAAGCAAAGCCAUGGGAAUUAUGAACAGUUUCAUUAACGACAUUUUUGAGAAGCUUGCUCAAGAAUCUUCAAGACUCGCUCGCUACAACAAGAAGCCAACAAUCACUUCUAGGGAAAUCCAGACCGCUGUCAGACUUGUUCUGCCUGGAGAAUUGGCUAAACACGCCGUCUCCGAGGGAACCAAAGCAGUGACCAAGUUUACAAGUUCUUAAACUAAAACGAUUAUGUGGUCUUUGCUUGGGUCACGUUGAUCUGGUUUUCAUGUCAUUGGAUCUUCUGUUAGGCACUAUUAGGUUAGACAUUUCAAUUAUUAGGGUUUUUUCUUUCUUUUUUUUUUCUGUUUUCUGUUGUACCUGGAGUUUGGGAUCUUGUUGAUCCCUUUUGUGUAUUAAAAAAUGGUGAAAGUAAUGAUAUUUGGAAUUAAUUAGAUUUUGUUUGUCUACUUACUAAGUGCCAAUGGUGUCAAUAAUGUAAUGAGAUUUUGGUACUGCUUUAUUGUAGUGGAUGAAUUUCGGUUGUGACAA